AUCUGAUCCUUCAAUUGACAAUUGAACUUCAACUUGUUCUCUGAUUCUUUUUUUUUUUCCAUUAAUUUUCAACAACUAAACAACUUCACACCAAAAUGUCCUCCUGCAUUUUCUGUCGCAUCAUCAAGGGUGAUAUCCCCUCUUUCAAGCUAUUUGAGAGCGACAAGACUCUCGCUUUCCUUGAUAUUGGUCCUCUCAGCAAGGGCCACGCUCUUGUCGUUCCCAAGCACCACGGUGCUAAGUUGGCCGAUAUUCCUGACGAUCACCUCACCGAGAUUCUGCCUGUUGUCAAGAAGAUUGUCAACGCGACUGGUGCCACCGAUUACAAUAUCCUCCAGAACAAUGGCCGCAUUGCUCAUCAAGAAGUUGACCAUCUAACAAGUAUUCAGAUCCCUAAGCCCAACGAGACCGAGGGCCUCGGCGUCAAAUGGCCUACAAAGCCUGCUGAUAUGGAGCAGCUCAAGGCUUACUGCGAGGAGCUCAAGGCCAAGAUCUAA